CACUCUUUGAAGACUCACAUAUAUACGAUCUCGAAAUGGUAGUAUUUCUUCCUCUCGCAACCCGGGUUAUCGCCGGGGUCACAGUCCCCAACACCGCCCUCAUCAACUCCAGCAUUGAACUCGCUCGCCAAAACCUUCCAUCGCACGGGUUCGGCCAUGUAAUGCGUUCAUGGCUCAACGGUCAGGCACUUGUCAACCGCCUCCCACAACCGGAGCGUGCCAAAUUCGAUGAAGAGGCGUUCGGGGUCUCGGCAAUUCUGCAUGAUAUGGGCUGGGCAUUCAACACCAGCUUCGUCUCCAACGACAAGAUAUUUGAAGUUGACGGAGCCAAUGCCGCCAGAGACCUGAUUCGCAAGAAAGGGGGAAGAGGCUGGGACCAACACCGCAUUCAACUCGUCUGGGACGCCAUUGCGCUGCACACAAGUCGCGACAUUGCGCCCUACAAGCAAAGGGAGGUCGCGUAUCUCUCAAUGGGCAUAUACUUGGAGCUCGUUGGUGUGGAAAUAGCUAAACAGAGAUAUGGUGAACUGAUCACGGUCCCAGAAGCGGAAUGGGAUAGAAUUGCUGCCGAGUUCCCAAGACCCGGCAUGAAAGGGUAUUUCAGCGGCGUGAUGAUAGGACUGUGUGUUCUGAAACCUGAAAUGACAUACGCGAAUUUUGUGGGUGACUGGGGGGAAAAGUACGUUCAGGGAUAUACAAGGGUGGGACAUAGGGUUAUCGAUCUGUUAGAGGCCGUACUACCGGAGUAG